AUGCACAUAUGUUCACAUCAAGUGCUCCAGACCAGCUGCAAUCUUCAGUACCUCUCCACACGGUGGGCACGCAACAGCUGGAUGGUAUUCUUGCAACCGGUCUAUGUUGUUAGUUGGAUGCGAUCCGAUAAGAAUUUCUGGGUAAUCCAAGCACUACUUUCAAACGCCUUUUCACCACAAGUCUUUAUCACCGUAUUCGGCUUUUGGAUACCAGCACACUUGAGUUAUCUCUUUAAGGAAGCAACAGAAAGUCCUCUACAGCCAACCUCAAACGACACCAGGGUGCAGUUGUCUCCCUUCUCUCAGACUUCAAUCACCAGUUUCUCACACCAAAGUAGCUUUCUUUCACGUACCUCUUCAAUCCCUACCUCCCAUGCCACUGUCAUCUCGCCAAGCAACAUAUGUUUCUUCUCGCCAUCCAUCAACACACCAGGUCUGGCCUCAUUCCAGACACAAUAA